AUGGUUCUGAUCUCACCCCACGCCAUGCAAGCCACCCGGGCGUCCACCACCGUCAGUGUGUUUACGGACUGCAGCAUCCCGGCCGGGCUCCGGAUAGGACCGGUACCGGGCAUCUUCAAACUCGGGAAGUACGUGUCGGAUCGUAAGGAAGUUGGACCCAAGAAGAAGAUCCGCUUGGUUCGGGGGGAGUUCGUGGAUGAGUCGGGCUGUCCCGUACCAGACUGGAUCGGAUUCAUCCGCGCCGCCAGGAACAGUCAAGAGCAAAACCUGGAGGCUGUGUCGGACUUACCUGGUGGACAGAUUUUCUACCGAGUGCUGAGAGAAAUCCCCGCAGGAGAGGAGCUCAGUGUCUGGUACUCCAACCCUCUGGCCCAGUGGUACGACAUCCCCACCACGGCCACUCCCACGCACGACGAGAAAGGUGAGGAGCGCUACAUCUGCUGGUACUGUUGGAGAAUAUUCAAAUACCCGAACACGCUCAAGGCCCACGUCCACUUCCACUGUGCUCUGAGCAACGGGCGGGGGUUUGUGAGCAGCGAACAGGCCAGAGGCACCGAGACGUUCAGCAGGUCACCAAAGUCUGGAGACAUCCCCAACACCUCCACCUCUCCGAGGAGCGGCCACAGCAACUCCUCCAUCUCAGACUCUGGCAGGCGGGCAGUGUCCUCCUCGUCGUUUCUAAACAAAGCGGGACUGUCAAAGAAAAGCAGCUCUGAGGAGCAGGACAGGGCCCUCGACAUGAGCGUCACCUCAGCCAGAAGCCACGGACAGCUCCUCAGCCUGGGCGCCACAUCCUCUGUGCUGAGCAGCAUGGGCUUCCACCCGGGUGUGCGCUCUGCCUUCAAGCCGACCGGCGUCUCCAAAGUCCCUGCCGCGGACGCCUCCAGAGAGGACGCCAACGGGAAGCUUAGUGGUCUGGGAUUCAGCAAACUCAUUGGGAACAUGAAACCAAUCCGCAAUGUGGGCGAGACUCUAAAUGGAGGAGGGAGCCAUCCUCCAAAAUGCGCACCUGCAAUCAUGGACGCCACAUCUCCAAUGGCGCCUUGCACAAACGCUAUCCGGGGUUUCCCGUUGCUGCCUCACAUGGAGGAGACCUCGGCUUUUAAACACGUGGAGAGUCGGAUGCACUCCGGCCUGUCCCCGUCCCGUUACCCUCAGAUGCCCCCUGGACUCCAUUUUGAGAGGUUCACCCUCCCUCACUUCGACGGUGUUAAAACUUAUGGGGGAGACUGUAACAUCCCACUGAUGCCCUUCACUGUCUACAACGGGGAGCUUCUGUACAGCUCCCCUUACUAUCCGCUGAAAUUCCACUUCGGCAACCUCCUCAAGUACCCAGAGUCCAUGUCCUACUUUGGCGCGCCCGCACUGAGCCAAGACCUGGGCUCCAUCACAAACAUCGACCGGGAGAUCGCCAUGCACACGCAACAGCUGUCAGAAAUCGCCGCGGAGAAGAACCGGACGAGGCUGGACACGAUGCCCACCGGGGCUGCCAGCAACGCCGGGUCUGGCAAACCGAAAAAGGGACACCUGUGUCUGUACUGCGGCAAGCUGUACUCCAGAAAAUACGGCCUGAAAAUCCACAUGAGGACUCACACAGGUUACAAACCGCUCAAGUGCAAGGUGUGCUUCAGGCCCUUUGGAGACCCGAGCAACCUGAACAAACACAUCCGGCUCCACGCCGAGGGAAACACCCCCUACAGGUGCGACUUCUGCGGCAAGGUGCUGGUGCGGAGGCGGGACCUGGAGAGGCACGUCAAGUCCAGACACCCGGGACAGACCGUCAAGAAAUUGGACGACAAACCGGGAGGCCUGUUCGAGGACGCGGAGCAAAAGAGCGACAAUGACAGUGAUGUGGACGUGUGCUUCACUGACGACCAGAGCGACCAGGAGUCCAGCAAAAAUAAUGACUGA